AUGCUUAUAUGUAAAAAUUUUACUGCUCAUAAAAUUAAUAAUAAUGAUUGUGUUUACAGGGGUGACCAUACAGAAGCAAUAGAAAUUGAUUAUGAUCCUGAUUUAACUAGCUAUGAAAAAUUAUUGCAGUUAUAUUGGGAGAACCAUGAUCCAACAGAAGUGCAUAAGAGACAGUAUCGAUCAGCCGUUUUCUACAGGGAUGAAGAGGAGAAGAAAUUAGCCCUAGACAGCAAACAGAGAAAGGAAAAACUAAUUGGAAAACCAGUUGUAACAGUUAUAGAACCAUUUGAUAGAUUUUACAAUGCUGAAAACUACCACCAAAAAUAUUACCUCCAGACUCAUCAUGAAAAACUAUUUAAAAGCCUUGGUAUUAAGGAGAGUGAUUUAAUUGAUUCAACAUUAGCAGCAAAACUAAAUGGAUAUCUUGUUGGCUUGAACACUGUGGAUGCUUUCAAUGCAGAAUGUCAAGCCUUUGGACUUUCUCCAGAACAUAUAGAUUAUGUUCGCCAAAUGAUAGCAAAAGGCAAACGAUCUCAUUGUUAACUGUUCAUUAAAAUAAAUAGAUAAAUAAAUAAAAAUUAAAAAACAUUGUUUUUUAAAAAAUAUUUAGUGACAUAAAAAUUGUCUUUGGAAAAACGUACUUGUGCUUAUUAUUUUAACAGGAAACAAAUAUUUUAUAAUUAUUAUUCAAUUUUUUAAUCCAUUAAGUUUUUGUCACUAGCAUAGAUGUAAAGUCACUUUUUCAAGUAUGUAAAACAAAUAUUACACUAUGUAAACAAGUAUUACGCUCUUUUAAUGAUAAAUAUUAGAAAAAUUUAGCAUGGAUUUUUGAUGGCUUUUAUGUACAUUACUAGUAUAAAAAACUUGGAAGAUAGAGGCUGAAAACCUUCUGCAGAGGUGCCAGCUAAGCAAAUAAAAACAAAUUCAGUGAGAAAAUGUGCCAAGUGGCCUUAAUGGAAAAGUACUAAACAAAGUUACAUAAAAAUGAUGAGAAGUUGAAAGAAUAUGAGAAGGCUGGGGAAAAUCAAAUCAUUAAUCAGAUUAGAGUACGAACAAGCAUAGGGAGAGAUGACGUCUGUGUUUCUCUAAGGAAAAUUUGGUUAUUUCUGAUUACAUGCAUCCCAAACAACAUACCCAAACUUGUUGGUAACUCCAGAGAGAAAACGAGGUUCGAAUCCCGCAAACGAGCUGGCUGCAUGGGCGUUUUCAUGGUUUUUCCCAUGUGUAACGUGUAUACGAGCCAGUUUCCCUUAGAAAGGCCUCCACGAAGGCAUCCCUCCCCUUAGGGAGAUAGCCCUAGUAUGCUAUGCCAUAAUUAAAUAAACCAAAUAAACCAGAGAGAAAAAGUUGUUUGGGUAUCUUUACAUCUAGUUUAAUGAUGUGUCUAAUGCUGCUUAUUUUUUACAUUACUCUUUUUCCAUUAGACAUAUGUUUUGGUUUUUUGUGUUGUUCUCAUGUACACAGUGAUCUAUCUUUUUUAGCUAAAAAAAUUGUCAGAGAUUUGUACAAACUCGGAUCUGCUUACAACAUUUGCUCCAAAAUACUCAAAUGGAAAGGGGAAAAAAAAGAGGUGCAUAAUAUCUUUAACCAAGUUACAAUAUGCUGCAUGCAUGUAGGAAGUUUAGUACAAGGUUUCGCUAUGUGGUCCAUUGCUAUGCUAAACACUGAAAUUCCCAUAGGAAAGAUCGUAAUCUGCAGUCAUACUGUCAAAAAUGUCAGAAGGAACAAAGCCGUUUGAUGAGGAUGCUAUUUACCUAUCUGGGGUUGCCAUGUAAAUAAUUUUUGCGACAUCAGUUGUUGCAAGUUAUCAGACAAAUAGCUUUUGGCGACAUGGUGCUAAUUUCCCAUGCUUUUGUAGAGUGGUGUGCAGGUAAUCAAAGAGUACCAAAAAUUUAAUAGUUUUGUCCAGUUAUUAUGUCAUUUAUAGGAAGCCUAUUUUAGUUAACAUAAUUCUUGAAAUCUCUCUUCUCCCACAUUUUAAGUAGAAUUCAAUGAACAAUUCUAUAUUUUUUAUAUGAUAAUUGUUGUUUUGUUUCAUUAUUCAGAUUCUCAAUUCUAGCUACUUUAUUUCAUGUAAUUGUUCUUUCAUCCUUAUUUAGAUUAUGUAUAUAUUUAUUUAAGUAUUUGGAUUAUAAUGAUUGGUAUUUGAAAUUAUUUUGAUAAGCUAAUCACAGCAGAAUCAUAUUUCAUAUAUUUCUGUAAAAAACAGAUGUACAUAAAAUGGUAAAAUCCCACUCUCACUUUUGGUUGUAAACAAAUGAAAUUUUUAACUUCUAGAAAAUGAUGUAUAUUUGUCAAUUUUUUUUCUUAUGUGUAUAUGAAAAUAAAAUUUUAACAUAUAAA